AAAAGCGAAAGAAUGAAAGCCAACGACGCUCGAAUACCUCCUGAAUUUCCCCACCGGAGGCUUGCAACACUCAAAAGAUCCCGCUACUAAAAGAACCCAAGCGCUCUCCGCCUUUUCUAAAUCUCCCGGAAAAACAAAUAUUAAUCGGAAAAGAUGAGUACUAUGAAGUUUUGCCGCGAAUGUAACAAUAUCCUCUACCCGAAGGAAGACAGGGACCAGAAGAUUCUCCUCUACGCUUGCCGCAACUGCGAUCACCAGGAGGUGGCUGAAAACAACUGUGUGUAUAGAAAUGAAGUGCAUCACUCUGCAGGUGAACGCACUCAAGUAUUGCAGGAUGUGGCUGCUGAUCCAACUCUUCCCCGGACUAAAGCCGUUAUUUGCGCCAAUUGUAAACACGGAGAGGCUGUGUUCUUCCAGGCAACUGCUAGAGGGGAGGAAGGUAUGACACUGUUUUUUGUCUGCUGUAAUCCGAACUGUGGACAUCGGUGGAGAGAUUGAGGUUGAGGUGUAGGUGGUCUCAUAAGUUGAUGAUCAGAGCUGCUUGAUGUGAUCUUCUUUUGAAAAACUAUUUUUACCAAGACUUUUGUGUUAAUGUUGUUUGAGGAGUCUUAGUGACACUCGUUGCUCAAACUGACCUUAUAAAAGAUCUCAAAAUCUAUCGUUCUCCCUCACAA